AUGGUAGUCGUUUCCAAAGCUGAUCGCUCCAUCAAAGUCUCCAACUUACCCGAAAAUAUUUCAAAUGAUGUCCUUGGCUUCAUCUUCUCAGAAUCCAUCAAUGUAGAACGGAAACCUUUUGCCACAACAGCAACUGUUGAAUUUGGUUCCGUUCGUGAUGUUGAGAAUUAUAUUCGAAGAGAUAAAACCCUCAUGAUAGAAAACAAAUUUCUUGGAAUUGAGGGCUGCUCAGUUAAAAGUGGAGAACCAUCCAAUGAAGAUCCCCUGGAAUGUCGACAGCUUUACAUUGAAAACUUACCUCGUUCAACAACCACUGAAUACUUGGAUGUUCUUUUCCCAUUUGCCAAAUGCAUAAAACGCUUGGAUGGUUGCUCUGCACUUGCUGAGUAUCGUACUGCAAAGGAUGCGGAACUGGAACUGACUAAAUCCAAAACUCUUCGUAUUGAUCGACACCAACUGAGUGUCAGACUGGCCAAAGAAUGCCACAGACCUGGAGGAGGUUAUUAUAAUUCCCAUAUCCGUCAUGAAAAAGGGCACUCAUCAUCAGACCGCUCCAGUAACUCGGAUGCUGAUAAAACAGCGAAAAAGAAGUCACCUGUAGACAAUAAUGACUUGCUCUUUUCAGGCAAGGAAAUACUCUCUGAUUUGUAUGGACUUCCUGUAGAAUUUGGACGUAGCAGUCAUAGUCGACAGAGAAAAGAUAAUAACCAGGAUGUUUGUUUUAAAAAACAAACUGAACAAACCAAGAAAGAAACUCUGACCAGCAGUCCUACUGCUACUGUCACAGCAUCAACAUCAUCUAGAAAUGAUACUGGCAGAACCAAAAAUGAGGGGCCUGUAUCGCAGAAAGAAAGCAGCAGCCGUUCAGAUAAACAAUCGGAUGUCAAAUCAGAUCGAAACACUACCCGGGCUGAUGGAUCUGAAAAAUUUCCUGCCAACCUUUCAAACAAGGACAAGCACCAUACCUCAACAUCAUGUGCUACAAACGAGUCAUUUGGUAUGACAUCUUCAGACAGUAAAACUGUGAAUAAGGCUAGGAAUCCAGAUAGCCAGCCAAGGAUGUCAAGUUCUGACUACUCAACCAGAAGAAGUAGCAGUAAUGCAGACAAAAGACGCUCCAAUCAACGUGAGUCUGGAGCAGAUAAAAGUAGACAUUUCCAGAUGGAGCGUGGCAACUACAGCUCUGACCACAGGAAGCGUGAGAGGCAGACCCGAAGAAGUGAAGAACGUCACCACAAGCAAGAGCACUGUGAUGGCAGUUCUUUCUUUCUUUCUUUCUUUCUCUUUCUCUUUCUUUCUUUUUUUUGA